AUGCUGACAGCGCCAGGGGAUGGCCUUGCCAAUCACCGCGUCUGGCAAUUACCCUCCUUCGUAAGAAGCGUGCCUACAGGCAAGGAAAAAGGCCGGUUCCUCGCCGUUGAUCUCGGCGGUAGCAAUUGCAGGAUAUGCCUUGUCGACCUGCACGGCGACUGUACUUUUACCGUGACGCAGAGCAAGCACAGCGUCCCGCCGGCUGUCAUGGUGAACUGCAGCUAUCGGCCUCUUUUCGAUUGGCUUGCGCAGCGGAUAGCGGGAUUUCUCGAGGCGCAUCGGGACCCAGCCAGUCACUUGCCGUACAGGCUGGGAUUCACGUUCAGUUUCACCUGCGAACAGACGUCUCUCGCUGGUGGGCGUCUCAUACACUGGGACAAAGGCUGGGAUAUCCCCGACGCCGUUGGCCGAGACCCUUGCGUUAUGUUGCAAGAGGCCAUCGAUGAGCUGGGGCUGCCGGUUGUGGUGACCGUUCUGGCAAACGAUAGUGUUGGUACGCUCUUGACGCGAGCGUAUAGCUCGGGCCAGCAGGUUUCAACACUCGGCGCGGUCAUCGUCGGAACGGGGACCAACGCCGCAUAUGUUGAGAAGCUGGCUGACGUGCGUCGACUGGGUGUCAAGGCACGCGAGGAUGAGAUCAUGGUGAUGAAUACGGAAUGGGGCUGUCUGGACAACAAGAUGGAAGUCUUACCGCGAACACCAUUCGACAAUGCCCUCGACGCAGCGUCGGUCGAUCCGGGCUCGCAGAUGUUUGAAAAGAGGGUGUCGGGCUUGUACCUCGGGGAGCUUCUUCGGCUGGCGAUUGUCCAACUGCUGCGAAUAGAUGUGUUCGACAUGAAGGCUGAAGAGAACUCCAAGGUGUUCCAGCCAGGCGGCAUCGACUGUCCCUUUCUGUCGGGGCUUGCAUUAGUCGAUGCCAACGACGUUGACGGCUCCAGCAGGUUCAUCCAGGACACAUUGUCUGUAGAAAAUGUUAGCCAAGUCGAUGUCCAGGCUAUACGACUGCUGGCCUCGUCCAUUGUGCGCCGAGCAGCACGUCUAGCAGGCGCAUCUCUAGCAGCCAUCAUCAUCCAAAGCGGUCGCCUUGACAUUCAAUACCAACACUCAAAACAGACAGCCUCACUCCCCAUCGGCAGGACCAACCGCUUCGAGCACACUGUGACUCCCCGCUGGCGCCGAUUGCUGAGCCGCCUUAGAUUGAGCUCGCUACCUAGUAGACAUCUACCACGGCACACACACCUCCCGACCUGUUUGGACGAGGACAUCAUCGACAUCGGAGCCGACGGCUCACUGAUCGAAUUCUACCCGGACUUCGAGGCCGAGAUGCGUGGUGCAAUGCGGGAUGUACCCGAGAUUGGAGAGGCUGGCGAGCAGAGGAUCCGCAUAGGGCUCGCAAAGGAUGGGUCUGGCGUUGGAGCGGCCUUGAUGGCUCAGGCUGCAUGUCAGAGUGAGUAG